AUGGCCGACUCACUGCCAUUGUCGGAGAGUACCAUACCUUCCAGUCCGCCAGGCGGCGCCAUAUUCUCGGACGGGCCGGAACGCGCAUCAAGUCCUCCAUCAUCACCACCAGGAUUUCCAUGGGAGCUGCAGGAGAAUACCGAUACCGCGACUAAACCCUCGAAACCGAUUGUAAACAACGCCUUCUCGGUGCUUGGGAAGCGAAAACCUCUAGCGACUCUCACCUCAAAUGAAAGGCCGUCGAAGAAGAGCAGAGCAACACCUCCAUCCACCAAGGCGAAACCGUCCGCAGCUUCGCUAUCCCAAACACAACUCAGCCUAGGCCAACCGACGCAGAUCAAAUGCCAGACAUGCGGCAUGUCGUACGUCCCAUCAUCCUCCGAGGAUCGAGCUCUGCACACCAAAUACCACAAGCAAAACCUCGAAGGCUACGACGUGGGCAAGGACUUUGUGUCAAAAGCCUUCCCACACAGCGUGUACCGCGGCGCAGACAGCGACGGUUGGGUGUGCGCAGUGCAUUGUCACGACAGGCCUGCUAGGAAGAGGAGAGCGCAGGCGGUGCUGGAGAUUGUUCAGAGGGAGCUGGGAGCGGUGGAGUUGGAUCAAGAUGAACUAUGGGAUUCCAAGAAGUCCGAUCCUGAAGUUUGCUUUCGGCCGAAGUGGAUUGCUCUCUUGUACGUCAAGGGCGGGAGGUGUAUUGGGUUUCUGCUUGCGGAGGUCAUAUCUGAAGCAUUUCGGGUGGAGGAGCCUCCGGAUGAGCUUACGGGUACCGCAGACGAGGCACAAGAGAGAUUGCAUGGAAAAGCGAGUACUGCUCUCGAAUCACUCAGAGCACGGCAAAGAGCUGCAGCGGAAAGGGAAGAAAGACUCUCGAAGCGACCUCUCAGGCUAUCCAAGACUGCGCGCGUGGCUAAGCUGGGAAUCGCUCGCAUAUGGACCUCACCCACCCAUCGAGGGAAGAACAUCGCCGCCACGCUGCUAGACAGAGCGAUUGAAUACUGGAACGAUCGUGUCCGUCUGGACGAGGAGGGGGAGGAGAGGGUCAGGAAGCACUCGACGCUCCCGCCUGAGCUGAGGAAGGUGAUGGACCCGAUGAAGCCGCCGAAGAGGGAGAGGAUCGAGAGCAAGAAUGAUGUGGCAUUCAGCCAGCCGACAGAAGCAGGGAGGCGGUUGGCGACGAGGUGGUAUGGGACAGCAUGGGGAUGGGGUGUCCAAAGUCGGAUGGCUGCUGCACAACGGAAGUGUUCCUUGCUGGCCCUCAAGUAG